AUGAUGAUCCCAGACGGAAAGAAUUCAUUCCCAGAAUUAGCAGGAGACGAAAAGGAAACUAUGGCUAAGAAAAAAGGAAAGCAUGUCCUAAUUGCAGAUUUGGAGGGAACGCAGAAUCUUAUUAUGGGCAACGGAUUUAAGGAAAGACAAGAGCAAAAUGGCUGUGAUUUGCCCAAGGCCUCUACAGAUGAUCAGGCCCAACAGAAUGGUGAUGUUCGGGCACCAAUAAUUUUAGAUGACCCAUCGCUUGUCAAUAAGUAUGCAGAACUGGAUCCUCUUCCCUCUUUAAUUAUAGAUUUACCAUUCUCAAGCAAAUUUGUGCAACAUCCCACCUCGAAAGAGAUGCCUAAUUGUCAGCAUCCCUCUUUGGAUUCUACGUUUUUGGUGGAACACCAAUACGCCUUUCAAGAGGGUACAUUGAUUGUUAUGGAUGAUGAAUGUGGACUGCAUCGUACAAUGGAGCCACCAGAUAGAGGAUUUUAUUCAGAAGAUGAGCUUACUAGUAGGGGUGAUGAAGGAGUGGUUAGUGAUACUCAAGAAUUGGAAUCAGAUGCAGAGCAAAGGCAAGAGCUUUAG